UCUGCCAUUAGAUCUCCGCUGCGGAACCAACGCUCGUCCGUUUUUCCGGCAAACUCAGCCUCUCCUCACGUCACCAUGGCAACUGGUCACAUCUUCCCACGACGCAGGUACGAUCAGGUGUCCUUCAUCUUCAUGCUGAUCGGAAUUCCGUUCGGGAUUGGAUUCGAGGUCAUCGUUGUGCUGCCCGUCUAUCACUCGUCGAUGACGUCACCAAUCGUCGGACUUCACGUGGCAUUGACUCUGUUCAUCACGGCGAACGUAGCAGCGAACAUGUACUGGGUGAUAACGACGGAUGCAUCGGGACGCAGCCUCGGUCUGCCGUCCGUACUGAAGUCUGGAUGGAAGUACUGUCACGAAUGCCAGCUUAACUCUCCGCCGCGCUCCUACCACUGCGCGCACUGCGGAGAGUGCGUGCUGCGGAGAGACCAUCACUGCGUCUUCACGGGAUGCUGCGUUGGCUUCAGAAACCACCGCUACUACCUCGUAGCCGUCAUGUACCUGUGGAUCGGCGCCAUCUACGGAGUAACCUACUCAUGGAGCUACAUCUGGCAGGAGGUAGGUGGCGCCACGGUCGCCAACGUGCUGUCGCUCGUCGCUCCGCACAUCGCCGUCGUCGUCGGCCACCUCGACCUGUACACGUUCACACUGAUGUCGCUACAGGCGAUGGCCUGCGUUCUCGUCUUCCUCACCACCUACCUGUUCUUCUACCAGGUGGCGCUCGUGCGCAGCGGACAGACGGCGUACGAACGUCGGCACGGCGUGACGAUGUACGAGGGAACGUCGGCAGCGGACAACGUGCGGCAGUUACUCGGGGAGCGCUGGUAUCUGACGUGGGUAUGGCCGAGCGUCCGUUCGAGACUGCCGGGGGAUGGUAUGCAGUUCCGCACGAAGCCCCUUAUAGAUGAACUAGAAGACUGGAAGAACCUCUGAGCGUGCGAGCGGGAAGGCAAGGAGAACC